AUGGCCAUUGAGUAUACUCGCUUUAUGGGUAAAUACCUUCAGCAUGGGCACAUUCAACCAUUGUCUGAGGCCGAUCUGCGUACAUGUUCAGGCCCAGUACAUUAUAUUCUAAACCAUAAAAUUUUGCAAUCCCGGGACCAACGGAAAAAUCUGCACCUUGUGUUCAACGCAUCUCCAUCAACAUCCAGUGGCAACAGCCUCAACGAUGCCUUGCAUGCCAGAUCAAAGUUUCAAGCUUGCCUGCCAAGGAUUGAUGAGCACAACAUCAACGCACAGAGGAUUCCGUGGAACGCCGAUGAAUCUGUCCCACCACAGCACUUCCAACUGCUGACUGUAACUUACGGCAAAGCAAGUGCUCCCUAUCUCUCCCUGAGGACGAUUUUGAAAUUAUGCGACGACAAAGGUAAAGCGUGGCCCAAAUCUGUAGCGAUCAUUUGA